CACACACACACACACACACACCUGCCCCGUUGUUUCUCUGUGUGCGGAUUUGCUCGGAACAGGUGAUCUAACAUGACUGUCUCUGGGUGGAUUGUAGCCUUAUUCCUUGUGACUCUUACAGGAGUAGAGCAGGUGUUGCUGUCUGAGUGGGGGUCAGAGACUGAAAGGAACUGCUCGGCAGUGCCGCCGUUCCUGCCUCCUACAGCUGUUAACACAAGUCUGAGGCUACAAGAGCUAAGAGCAGACAUGACAGCACACAAUAUCACUGCCUACAUCAUACCUGGAACAGAUGCCCACAUGAGUGAGUACAUUGCAGCGCGGGAUGCUCGAUUGGCCUGGAUGUCUGGCUUCACAGGCUCCGCAGGCACAGCGGUUGUGACCCAAGACAGAGCUGUCUUAUGGACAGACAGCCGCUACUGGGUUCAGGCAGCACGCCAGAUGGACUGUAACUGGGAAAUGGAAAGAGAUGUCUCUAUCUCCAGCAUCACCAGUUGGCUUAUUCGAGAGGUGAAGGAGGGAGACCAGGUGGGCCUGGACCCCUUCCUCUUUUCUGUAGACACAUUUGCUGCCUACAGCGCCAGCCUGUCUCCAGCCAAACGGAUCUUGAAAUCGGUUCUUGAUAACCUGGUGGACAAAAUAUGGACAGAACGCCCGCCUGUUCGAGCUGAUAACCUCACACGGUUACCUGACAGCUUCAUCGAGAGAACCUGGCAGAUGAAAGUGGAGCAGAUUCGUGGUCAGAUGCUUGAGAACAUCUACCAGCCUUCUGCUCUCCUCCUCUCAGCUCUGGAUGAAACAGCAUGGCUCUUCAACAUGCGCGGUAACGACAUUCCUUUCAACCCCUUCUUCUUCUCCUACACUCUGCUGACGCUCGACCAGAUAUGGCUCUUUGUGCACACGGAGAGAGUGACACCAGAGCUGCAGGAGUACCUGAAGGCCUCUUGUAACGCCUCCCUCUGUGUGCAGCUGCUCGACUAUAAUUUGGUCCACGCACACCUGCAGAUGUACCUGGAGGGGGCAGACGUGCGUGUGUGGGUGGGCACUAAGUACACCAACCAGGCCCUGUACGAACUCCUCACUCCGGAGAGGAAGCGAUUGCAGAGUGCUUAUUCCCCAGUGCUGACCACGAAAGCGGUGAAGGACAGCACAGAGCAGAUCAACCUGAGAGAAGCACACAUAAGAGAUGCCGUAGCAGUCAUGCAACUGUUACACCGGCUGGAGAGCUCUGUACCAGAGGGGAGUGAGACAGAGGUCACCGCCGCCAAGUUUGUCGACGAGUAUCGCAGCAUGCAGAGAUACAGCCGAGGCCCGAGCUUCGAGACCAUUUCUGCAAGCGGCCCUAAUGCCGCGCUAGCCCAUUACAGCCCAUCUAAGGAAACUGCAAGGAAGCUGAGUGUUGAUGAGAUGUACCUCCUUGACUCAGGAGGACAGUACCUUGAUGGUACGACUGACAUUACUCGCACUGUACACUGGGGGACACCCACUGCUUUUCAGAAGGAGGCAUUCACACGGGUACUGAUGGGGAACAUAGAAAUUUCACGAACCAAGUUUCCAACAUGGAGCAGAGGUGUGAACAUUGAGAUGCUAGGUCGCAGAGCAUUGUGGGAAGUGGGCCUGAACUAUGGUCAUGGUACAGGACACGGUGUGGGGAACUAUUUUGGAGUCCACGAAUGGCCUGUUGGUUUUCAGUCCGAUAAUAUUCCUUUCCUAGAAGGCAUGUUUACAUCCAUUGAACCUGGGUACUAUAAGGAAAAUGAGUUUGGAAUAAGGAUUGAGGACGUCGCUGUCACCGUGCCGGCCCAAACAACGUAUGGUAGCAGUUACCUAACGUUUGAAACGGUGUCCCUGGUCCCAUAUGACAGAAAGCUGAUUAACACGUCUAUGCUGAGCCCUGAGCAGCUUCAGUGGCUGAACACAUACUACCAGACCAUCCGAGCUAAGAUGGGUCCAGCAUUGAUGGGUCAGGGUCUGACGGAGGUGCACGACUGGAUGAUUAAGAACACGGAGCCCUUCCUGACAGCGGGAGCCCCUGUGCUCCUCACCUCUGUGUCUAUGCUGCUUCUGUUCCUGACUCCUGCAUUGCUGUAGGCUUUCCCUGCGGGAUGGGGGGGUUGGCUCUGCUCCCGGGAAACCUCCUUCCAGCCCACGCCUUAGCGAUGCUUGCCUCCAAAACUUUACCCUUUUAAAGCGUGAUUGGAACGUUAAGUAAAAUAGAAGUUCUGAAACACUUUCUGCUGCAAAAGCAACAUCACAGUCAGUGAUCAGGUGAAGUCGGAGGAUGUCACCACACAGAUGAUUUUGAUUUGCAAAUAUUUAAGGAUCUGAACACACUAAGGGGACAUAAGAGACUGCAGUCUUGCUUUUUCCUUAACAUGACAUGACAGUACCAAUUAGAUUCAAAGAGCAUUUUUUGUCAAAAUAAUGUGUGUUUCUGAUAUAAAUUUCAACAUGGAAUUGAAUUGUAAUAUUACUCUGUGAUUGCAUCAGCAUGUGUUUAUACCAGCAGCAGAGUUUCCUUGGUGUUUUUAAAAUCACACUUUAGCUUUUUGAAAUCCGCACUUUUUACAGGAGAUGGUCCUAAAUGUUUUUUUCUAAACAAGAGAAAACUUUAUUGUCUCCCAUGCAUGUCAGUUCCACUGGAGACAGAAGUGUACGUUGCUGUGAAAUUAAUUAUCUACUGAAAAUAUAAAUAAUAUAUUUACCAUCACAGUUAAUAAAAUAAUCUAAAUGAAUAUG